UGCAAGAAGCCAGAGCGGCUGUUUCUUUCUAAUUAAAAAAAAAAAAAAAAAAACUGUAACGUAUUGUAACCAAGGAACAUUUAUACUUUUUUUUUGUGUAACUGACAUGUAGAAUAAAAGACUUGUCGCCAAACCGUUUCUUAAUUCUUUUAUUGUAUAGAAUUUUCCAACUUACGUGUUUGUACCUGGUGUAAAACAAAUAAUCAAAGUAAAAGUUGUAAGAGCCCCAGCUGCUGCAAGGACCUGUGGGCCGAGGACACCCAUUCCUGAUGGAACAGAGGCCCUUAGAGCCCACCGAAUUUGUACAUGGCCCUUCAGAACCGGAUUGGAUGGCUCAAUGAACCAGAUCGCAGCAGCUCUUGGCAAAAUUUAAGUGCCUACUCGUGCUUCCCAGAGGAACAUUAAAAUGAGUGAGAAAACAGAGAAAGAACUAAUCAAAACUCGAGCUAGCUUCAAGGGGCGUUUGACAGCGUUCUGUAAUCACCUCAAGAGUAUAGGAGACUCAUUGAACCCGGUGCAGGUAACUGAACUGCAGCUGCGUCUUGGUAAGUUAGAUAAUUUAUAUCAACAAUUUGACGAGGUGCAGUUGAGGAUAGAAUGUUUGGUCGAUGACAUAGAUACCGUGUUACCCGAGCGAAUUGAAUUUGAAUCUACCUAUUUUAAAGUCCUUGCGAGAGCACAAGAUCUUAUCGCUCAGAAUACUGAGACAGCUAAUGAGGGUUUAUGUAGUGAAAAGGGCUCGUCAAAGCGUGGCAGCCAAUUAGUUAAGUUACCUACCAUUGCUUUACCAAAGUUCAGCGGCUCUUUUAAUAAUUGGUUAGAAUUUCGUGACACAUUCUCUAGCCUUGUGCACUCGAACGAGGACAUCAGUGAUAUUAAUAAAUUUCAUUAUCUCCGGGCAUCGCUAGAAGGGACUGCGGCUAUUGUCAUUCAGUCUAUUGAACUAAGUGCGGCCAAUUACUCUGUGGCAUGGAGUUUACUAUGUGAGCGGUUUGAUAACAAGCGCCUUCUAAUUCAAAACCAUGUGAGUGCUCUUUUUAACAUUGAAUCAGUAAGUCAAGAAUCUUCAGAAAACUUAAAGCGUUUAAUAGACUCGGUGAAUAAGAAUAUUAGGGCAUUGGAAUCGUUGGGUGAGCCAACAUUACAUUGGGAUACCCUACUUAUUCACAUGUUAAGUAAGAAACUUGACUCAAAAACGUUCCGUGAGUGGGAAGAAUUUAAAGGUAGGUUACCGAAGGAUACUUACAUUAAGUUGGAUUCAUUGUUAGAAUUUCUGCGGAACCGUGCAGAUUUACUUCAAAAUAUUGAAACGUCCCGUGUGAAACACAGUCCUAAUAAACCUAAGUCCAAUUUUACAAAACAUAAGAGUUUAGUGUCUAGUGUGGAACCGAAAUCUGAAAACAGUGUGCAGUCAAGGUCCUGUCCUAAAUGUCAAGGCGAUCAUUUUCUGCAGAAUUGCAGACAAUUUCAGGCUCUGAGUGAGCAAGAACGACGGAAGAUAUUACCACAGUUUAAAAUUUGCUUCUGCUGUUUCAGGCCCGGGCACCUGUCAACUCGGUGCUGGGGCCAGCGCUGCAGGAAGUGUGGACGCCGUCAUAACAUCAUGAUUUGUACAGCUGGAAGUCAGAGGACUCCGAGUGGCUCACAUAGUCAAGAUGAUAAGAGUCCAACCGGAGCUAUGCCUAAUGUUGAGGUGCGGAGCAACCCACCAUUAUGACUACUGUCAUCUCAUGAUGAGAGCAUAAAGAAAGACAACUCAAGGCAUGAUGUAUUUUUAUCAACGGCACUCGUGAAGAUUUAUGAUAUCCGGGGUUGUGAUCGGAUAGUGCGAGUGCUACUUGACCCUGGGAGUACAACUUCUUAUAUGACAGAGAAACUGUGCAGCUUACUUAAUCUGCCUUUUUUAAGUGUGAAUGAGCCUAUAUUUGGGAUAAAUAAUUCAAUGUCUCUGUCAUCCAAGUUGUGUCGAGUAUCCGUCAAGUCUCUUAAUGAGAGUUUUUCUACGGAUUUGGUUUGCUAUGUUCUGCCUGCUAUUACAGAUAAUGUACCUGGUCGUGAGAUAGAUAUUUCUAGUCUGAGGAUUCCAAGUGAUAUCUUGCUAGCAGAUCCCCACUUUUAUAAACCUGCGGGUGUGGACCUUUGUAUAGGUUCCGAUGUUUUUUGGGAUUUGUUAGGUUCAAGAAGUUAUAGGCAAGGUUAUGAUAAACCUGUUCUUUGGGAAUCCAGAUUAGGCUGGUUAGUUGGUGGACGACUUGUAAAUAGGCAUAACUCAAAUAAUCGAUUUAACAAGGUAUGUUGCUUAUCUACAGAUGUUUCCGGGAUGUCAACUUCUCUCAAUGAUGACAUCAAUGCAGCUUUGUGUCGGUUUUGGCAACUUGAGGAAGUUAGCUGUCAGUCAUCAUAUUCUGCGGAAGAGAGAGUGGCCGAGGAACACUUUGUGAGGAAUAUGUCGCGUUUGAAAGAUGGUCGGUUUUGCGUCAGAAUUCCUUUGAAAAAAUCACGUGACAUGCUUGGUGACUCUUUCGAACGCGCCAAACGUUCUCUCUUUGCUAUAGAGCGAAAGUUUAGAGUUCAACCAUUGUUUAAGCAACGUUACAUCGAUUUCAUGUCUGAGUACCUUUCGCUUGGUCACAUGACAGAGUGUGACUUUA